AUAUUCAGAAUUUGUUUAAAAUUAAUAGAGUGAGUAUUAAUCAAAAUUUUUUGUUGUUCAGUGUUAUUCAUUCAGAGUUCAGUGUUACCACUUGGAACAUUAGCGAGUAGUUAUAUUGAAGCUGUACUGUGUUGGUAUUACCAAUGUAUGUUCGUGUAUAUUUACGCACAGGCACGCACACACACAUGUAGCGUACAUAGACGGAUGUUGUUCUUGUUUUUGUUUUAUGCAAGCAACAGAGGCUAUUAAUAAGAAUAUUCUGAAAUAAUAUAAUGGUACAAAAAGUCGGGCGAAUCUGCUGUGCAAUAAUACGUCAAAAAAUGAGAGCGACACAAAGCAAAAGUCGUCAAUAAGGGAAAGAAAACGUGAAGAAGCGGAACGGAAAGGAAAAGUGCAGACGCAAAUAAAUAAAUCGAAAUUUCGAUUUUGAAUCCAAGUGCUGCUGGUCCCUGAUUAUUGUGCGGUAGUGGUUUCAUUUCUAUCAAAUCGCACUCGCACGCUAUCCCCAAAAUUUAAUACUCACAUAUAAUUGUUACAUAUAAGUAGCAUAAAUAUCAGAUAACGUGACCAAAUCGAAAAGAACGAGCCGAUUCUUUGACUACAACAAAAUAAGGCUCCAUCAAUGGAUGACGAAUUGGAAGACAAGAUCUUCUAUCAGACAUACGUUUCACAUAUGAAAAUCCUAUCCAAGUUCGCAGUGGGCUUCUCGUCCAUUAAUUCGCCCUUGGCAUAUCUAUGGAAACUAUGCCGCAUCUACGUGCUCCGUCCCGAGGUCAUUUUCUGUGGCAUCAUUCUAUUUGUCUUGUUAAUCUAUUUGCAAGCGGUAGAUGUGUGGAGUCGCGGCAUUUUGGGGCGCAUUCAGGCAACACUCGGUAGGCAAAAGGCGCCACGAGUUAUGGAAAUGACAAGUGGCGCUGGCGAUCAUCAGAGCUGGGAAGAGGUACGUCAACAGAGUGCCGCCUUCGCUGUGCUAGGAAGACGACCUCAUAUGGAAGACAGAUUCAUUAUUGAGGAGAACAUUAACAACAACACAGACAUUUCGUUCUUUGCCGUUUUUGAUGGACAUGGCGGCGAGUUCGCUGCCAACUUUGCCAGGGAUGUUUUGGUCAAGAAUAUUUAUAACAAAAUCAUAGAUAUUAACAAGAUCUUAAAGUCCGAGAGCUCGACAGAGUAUAGUGGGUUCGAUAAGAGCCCGUAUCUGGCACGCAAGCAAAGUCGCAAAGAUGUCACCAACAAGGAAAACGCUGAUCCCGUUGCACGACGCGACAGUUUGCGUAAGGCACACAGCACCACAGCCGAUUGCAGCGUAAUUAAACAAAAGACAACGGAGGCAACUGUCGCCGACAUUUAUACGGCGCAGCUGAAUAGCGCGAUGCGCGCCAGCGGCAACAGUGCGGCAAAAGAUUCAUUUCUCAAUAAUAACAACAAUGCACAAAAUUCUGGCAAUGCACCGCCGCCCAGCUACGAAGCCAAAUGCUAUAUCGAACAUGGACGCAUCAAUUUUGGCAAGCUUAUCACAGACGAAAUACUGGCAGCCGAUCACAAACUGGUCGAGCAGGCCAAGCUCGCAACCAACAUAGCAGGCACGACAGCUCUGAUUGCCAUUGUUAAGGACAGCAAACUGAUUGUGGCCAAUGUGGGUGACUCGCGUGGCGUUAUGUUUGAUUCACGUGGGAUCGCUAUACCAUUGUCCUUCGACCAUAAGCCGCAGCAGGUGCGUGAGCGUAAACGCAUUCACGAUGCUGGCGGCUUUAUUGCCUUUCGCGGCGUUUGGCGUGUGGCUGGGGUCUUGGCAACGUCACGAGCGAUGGGUGAUUAUCCCCUGAAAGAUAAGAAUCUAGUCAUAGCCACACCAGACAUUUUGACCUUCGAGUUAAAUGAUCACAAGCCCCGUUUUUUAAUACUCGCCUCGGACGGCCUUUGGGAUACAUUCAGCAACGAGGAGGCUUGCAGCUUUGUGCAGGAUCAUCUCAAGGAGCCCGAUUUUGGAGCCAAGUCCCUGGCCAUGGAGUCGUAUAAGCGCGGCUCUGUGGACAACAUCACUGUCUUGGUCAUUGUGUUUAAGAACGAUGUCUACAAAAUUGUCAACUCACCGGCUGGCAAAAUCGGCGAAGUUCCGUUAGCCAAAGCUUCAGCUGCAACGGCUGUCGAACGCUCCAAUUCAAUCAAAACUAAGUAACGGGCCAGACUCUGUCCCAUUUAAAUAGCAACCUUAUGAAGUGCCCAAGAUAUUUAUACAAUAUAAGCCAGCACGAUUAUGUUUUUUUCGAAUAUAGGUGGCGUUUUUUCGGUUUCGUUCUAGGACUUAAAAUUUUUUUAAAAAUUGUUGUUUUAUACAAAAUGUUUAGAAAAUAUCACUCCCAAUGCACUUUGUUAUCCCCACCUCCUCCUACUCCUCACAUACAUCAUCACUCAUAAAUAUUUAUUUAAAUUAAUUUGUUAUACCUACAUUUCUGUUUGUAAACCAAGAGAAAACCUUUUAUAACUCUAA